CUAGCGGCUGGCGACACUUCAUCCAAGAUCACAGACGAGCAGCCCAAGCUCUAGGUGAUGACCCAAAACCCCGAUCUUGAUGGCCAAAAUGAAGGCCAACAGUUUGCCACUGCGAAAUAAUAGAAAUAUUUCACUCCUCGCUUUUAGUAUCCUGUUUCUAGACGCAACUGACAAUGAGCAGCACGAGCCUGGCCGACUUGAAAAGGAAGCAGCAGCUUCGAAAACAGCAGCAGCACAAGCAGAAUAAGCGCAAGCGCGAGGCAGCAACGGCAACAGCAGCGGUAGUGCCUUCCCAGUCAACACUGGACAAUCAUUUUCACCGCUCCGCCUCUACUGGCCACAGCUCCAGCAGCCUGCCGAAGCGUCGCGACAAGCUGCACAACCAUUUCCAACGCGCAACCUCUCUCAACCUCGCCUCAAGCAUCCUGGCUGCGGCGCCCGAGACCAAGGCUCCAUUUGCCACCGCUCCACCCAAGCUGAAGCAGAACCCAUUCGACAUCAUCAAUGAACUGGAGGCAGAGGAGAACGGCUUAAUACUUGCUAGUGAAUUGGGAAACAUUGUGGUAGUCGGUGCAAGUGGAGACUUGUCGGAUUCGGAGGAUGACGGCGACGAAGGUGCCGACCCAGCGCUGGACCCGGUUGCGCUCGGCAGCGACGAGGAGAUGUUUGAAAACGACCCCAGUCUCUACAAGGUCAGCACCCGGUCCUUGCCAUUACAUUCUAGUACCUUGAUUCGGCAGACACCUCUGGGAGACGAUGUGAACAGUAAGAGUCGGGGUAUGAACUCGACUAGUCGGCAAAGCUCACAUCCAGCAGCCAGAAGCGACUUGGCUCUCUCUCACACUGAGAAAUACUCGUCCGACAAACCAUUACAGACACUUUCGCUACGGACUCAUGUAUCAGCAUCGUCUUCUCAUCCGCUCAAGGAGCUAGAGCGACUCAAAGACGAUGGGUCGCUCUUGAGCAUGACAUCACUUUGCAGCUCAGGCUCUGCCCCGCUGAAUCUGUUGGCUGAUGCACUGGUGUAUUGGGAAAUAAUCGGCGCAACUGAUCCGCGGCAGCAGGGCACACUGGAACAGCGGCCAUCUGCCAGUAUCGCAUCAGCGGGCCAGAUCCAGCAGGCAUUCGUCUCGCUAUUCCGACUGCAGCUGGAGGCGCCCGCAAAGUAUCCCUUUAUCUACCUGCAAACCCGCGACUACACAGCUGUCUUCCGCAUGAACAUCCUACCAGACACAUCUGGAACUUACAGACGAGAUGCGAUUGUAAGCCAGUCAUCACUGGGCUUGCGCAAGACAUUGCAUGCAGAAGGCGUGGAAUUCUCCGUACCGCUAGCACCCAAGACCCAGGACUGGAGCGAGAUUCCAGGGGCAAUCAGCACAGGUACAGACACGCAUUUCCUGCGCACAACUUUGUUUGACAAGACAUGGAAGUCAGCCCUGCUGAUCACCGAUCCUGCCAGCGUCAACGGACUGUUCAGCCAUUUGUACUCGUUGCCGCUGGGAGCGGCCAAGAUAUUUGCCAGCGGUCCGUUCCUCAAUGCCACCAUGCGCAGACAGACCGUGCGCAUUUCGAGUGUUGUGAGUUAUGAGGAUGGGGUCGAGAAGAUCCUAAACAAACUGGAUAUCAAUGGCGUCAUACUCCCAAAUAUGUGGAACACGAUCUUGACAUCGCUGGCAGAAGUCAUUGCCGAUGGUUUCCAUGCCACAUCAAAGGAGAGCGCAGAUACUGCAAGCCUGACAAUGCUGAUAACAGCAGGACAGAACAAUGCUGCGGCUAGACGGAGGGGUGUGACUUUUGCCGAUGGCAAGUACACAUAUUCAUGAACAUUUAUGUCGAAUAACAAGCCACCGGUCGCUGUCAACUUGUAUGCCAGCAUCGCACUCACCCAUGCCGGCUCAUGAAUCGUAACUAACGGAUUGCGAUUUAAGAUGCGAUGAUUUAUGAGUACUAUAUGGCCUUUGGUACUGUCCAGUAUUCAGCGCUGGCACCCGCUGUGUCGCCGCUCACAAGUUUUUUUUACCAAGGUAUAUAAACCCCUGUAUGUGAGGCAUGCGCUAGCCUAGAUAGAAAUAACACCAUUCCAUCUAAUUGCUUUUAC